UUUUUUUUUUUUUUGAUCAUUAAAUUUCUUUUUUUUAUUUUUUAUUUUUUAUGUUUUUUUUAUUGUCUUUAUUUUUUUAGUGAGGUUUUUUUUAUUUUUUUUGAUGAUUCAGUAAUGGAUUUGGCUGCUAAAGUAGUUGACGUAUAUGGAUAAUGAAAAGUAUAUAAAGCAACCUAAACGAUGCUUAUUUUAUACAUUCAAUUCAGAUUCUUUUCUAUAUUACUACAAUAUACAAAUUACAACUUACAACUUUUACAAUAAACUCCCUUCUCCCUCAAUAAUAAUAAUAAUAUCAAUUAAUUAUUUACAAUGACUGCUGAAUAUGAUCAAGAAGCUCAACAACCAGUUGAUGCUUAUAGACCAAAAUUAGAAACUACUCCUACUGGUAACUUGCUGCAAUUCUCAGAAAACACUGCUGUUCAUGCUACUGCUGCUCCAUCUAGAAACCAUUUGAUUGCCUUCUUAGGUGAAUUUUUUGGUACUUUUAUCUUUAUGUGGUGUGCCUUUGUUAUCGCCCAAAUUGCUAAUUUAGAUGCUACUAUUGUUUCACCAGUUACUGGUUCUAAUCCAUCCAGAUUAGUUAUGAUUUCCCUUGGUUUUGGUUUUAGUGUUAUGAUGGCCGUCUUUAUGUUCUACAGAAUCUCAGGUGCUAAUUUUAAUCCUGCUGUUACUGUUACUUUAAUGUUAGCUCAAGCUGUUUCACCACUUAGAGGUGUUAUUAUGAUCAUUGCUCAAUUUAUCGGUGCUAUUGCUGCUUCUGCUGCUGCUUGGGCCAUGGUUCCAGGUGAAAUGAAAUUUAGAAAUGAAUUAGGUGGUGGAUGUUCAAUUGCUAGAGGUCUUUUCAUUGAAGCCUUUGUCACUACCAUUUUAUGUUUAACUGUUUUAUUAAUGGCUGUUGAAAAACAUAAAGCUACCUUCAUGGCUCCAUUUGCUAUUGGUAUUGCUCUUUUCAUUGGUAACAUGGCUAGUAUUCAUUUCAGUGGUGCUGGUAUUAACCCUGCUAGAUCUUUUGGUCCAGAUGCUGUUAAUGGUACUUUCACUCAUUACCAUUGGAUUUACUGGCUUGGUCCUUUCAUUGGUUCAUUUGUCGCUUUUGGUAUCUGGAAACUCUUUAAAUUUUUAGAUUAUGAAACCUGUAACCCAGGUCAAGAUGCUGAUCAUUAAACAAUCUACUAUUGACUAGUACAAUCUAUAAAAGUCAUUCCCCAACUAGCUAUAUAUCGAGCACCCAAUUCUCAUUAAUGCCCAUUUUUUAAUACUAAUGAAAGAUAACGAACGCAUGACAAUAAUAAAAAAUAGACAAAAAUAACUCUCAAUAAUAAAUAGUAAAAACAAAAAAUAUACACAUAUAAUUUUAUAAAAAUAUUAUUAAAAGU